UACUUCAAAGACAUCAUUACCUGUCCAUACAUAACAUCAUACUUUCAAAGUUUCCAUUCAUAUAGUGUGAUUUUCAUUUAUUUAUUUUUCCUCUCUUGGAAUUGGGAUAUUCGGAUCCAUUUCUAAGGUAACUUCACUUGAAAUUCCAACCGAAAAUAGUGAUGGUUUUGAGUAAAAGAAGUGUUUUUGGCACCAAUAUUGAGAUGGGGUUUGGCUUCAUGGUUCUGGUUUUGGUGGCCUUACUGUUCAGUUUUAGUCCUAUUUGUGUGUUUGGGGAAAAACAUGAAAACCCUCACAAUCAGAAGAAGCUGAGGUUUGACAAAAAUGGAGAAUUCAAGAUUCUUCAGGUUGCAGAUAUGCACUAUGCUAAUGGAAAGUCCACACUUUGCUUGAAUGUGUUACCUUCACAGAAUGGUUCUUGUUCUGAUCUCAACACCACUUCUUUUGUUCAAAGAAUGAUCCUUGCUGAGAAGCCUAAUCUCAUUGUCUUCACUGGUGAUAAUAUCUAUGGUCGUGAUUCCUCGGAUUCGGCGAAAUCAAUGGAUGCUGCAUUUGCUCCUGCAAUUGCAUCAAACAUUCCUUGGGUAGCUGUUUUGGGAAAUCAUGACCAAGAAGGAUCCCUGCAUAGGGAAGGAGUGAUGAAAUACAUUGUUGGUAUGAAGAACACUUUGUCUCAACUCAACCCUUCAGAUGUUCACACCAUUGAUGGUUUUGGAAACUAUAACUUAGAAGUUGGAGGAGUUGAAGGCACUGAUUUUGAAAAUAAAUCAGUGCUCAAUCUUUACUUCAUUGAUAGUGGAGAUUAUUCUAAGGUUCCUUCAAUUUCUGGUUAUGAUUGGAUCAAGCCAUCACAGCUACUCUGGUUCCAACGAACAUCCGAAAAGCUCCAGAAAGCAUACAAAAGUGGACCAAUGCCUCAGAAAAACUCUGCUCCUGGUCUUGCAUACUUUCAUAUACCAUUGCCUGAGUAUGCUAGUUUUGACAAAUCAAACUUCACAGGUGUCAAACUUGAACCAGAUGGCAAUGGCAUUAGUUCUGCUAAGGUGAACUCCGGCUUCUUCGCGACGUUAGUCCAAGCCGGAGAUGUGAAGGCAGUUUUCACCGGCCAUGAUCACCUCAAUGACUUCUGUGGUAAGUUAACCGGCAUAAACCUAUGUUAUGCCGGAGGAUUCGGAUACCAUGCAUAUGGAAAGGCUGGAUGGUCUAGGAGAUCAAGAGUGGUGGUAGCUCGCUUGGAGAAGACGCCGGAAGGAGCUUGGGGAGAUGUCAAGUCAAUAAAUACCUGGAAACGCCUCGACGAUCAAAAUUUUACUCAAAUUGAUGGACAAGUUCUUUGGAGCAAUAGCUUUUGAAGUAAAUACUUGCAAUAAUCUUUUGGCUUUCUUGUUACUAAAUUAUGUUACUAAAUUUUCUUAGCAUAUUGCAAAUGAAAAAUCAUUGUUAUUACUUUAAGAGAAUGGGGAAAGUGGGAUAUGGAAAAUUAUUCUGUUGUAAACUAAAGUUCUUUGAAGGAAAUUAGGUAAACAGUGCUAAAUUAUUAUGUGAUUUUAGAACAA